UACAAGCACACCUCGGCUACACGCGACAUCGAGAAGCGAGGGGCAAGGGGAAAGAAGGAAAGAAGGGGACGAUCGUCCGUCGUUGGGAUUCCGCCUUAGCACAAACCGUCACAGCACCGUCGCAAUGACUUCGUCACCAUCACAAUCCGGGACCGCCGCCGGGGCGGUCAACCAAAAGCUGCAGUCGUCCCUCCCGAACGCCGUCUCCGAGAAGCUGCCCCACAUCCCGGAAAGCAAGGAGGAACUCAAGGCUGAGAUCAAGGCCGAGACCAAGGUAGUAGCGUCGGCAGGCCUUGCGCAGCUCCGGUCUUUUGUCGCGGGCGGCUUUGGCGGCAUUUGCGCCGUCGUGGUCGGCCACCCCUUCGACCUGGUCAAGGUGCGCCUACAAACAGCUGAGAAGGGCGUCUACUCGAGCGCCAUGGACGUCGUUAGGAAGAGCGUGGCCAAGGACGGUCUCCGCCGGGGCUUGUACGCCGGUGUCUCCGCCCCGCUAGUCGGCGUCACCCCCAUGUUCGCCGUCUCCUUCUGGGGCUACGACCUCGGCAAGAGCAUCGUCCGCUCGACCAGCACCGUCGCGCCCGACGGCUCGCUCUCCAUCGCGCAGAUCUCCGCCGCGGGCUUCUUCUCCGCCGUGCCCAUGACGGCCAUCACGGCGCCCUUCGAGCGCGUCAAGGUGAUCCUGCAGGUCCAGGGCCAGAAGAAGCUGGCCCCCGGCGAGAAGCCCAAGUACGCCGGCGGCAUGGACGUGGUGCGGCAGCUGUACCGGCAGGGCGGCGUGCGGUCCGUGUUCCGCGGGUCGGCGGCGACGCUGGCGCGCGACGGGCCCGGCUCCGCCGCCUACUUCGCCGCCUACGAGUACAUCAAGCGCAUGCUCACCCCGCGCGACCCCGUCACCGGCGAGGCCAGCGGCAAGCUCAGCCUGCCCGCCGUCACCUGUGCCGGUGCCGCUGCCGGUGUUGCCAUGUGGAUCCCCGUCUUCCCCAUCGAUACCGUCAAGAGCAGGCUGCAGACCGCCGAGGAGAAUGUCACGAUCGGUGGGGUUGUCAAGGGGCUGUAUGCGAAGGGCGGGUACAAGGCCUUCUUCCCUGGCUUUGGGCCCGCGCUGGCGAGGGCGGUGCCCGCGAAUGCGGCGACGUUCUUGGGUGUGGAGCUGGCGCACCAGGCUAUGAAUAAGGCUUUCAACUGAGCGGGGGUGUUAGGUGUCGGUGGGGGUUGUGCGCUGAUAGACUUGCGUGGUUGCGCUGUUGAUUCACGUGUGGUUUUACUCUGACGGUGGGGUUCGGGAUUUUGUGUCACGGAUACCUCGUUCUGCAAAGGAUUUCGCAUGCCGAAGAGAGCGGGAGGAGUUUUGGGUUUAUAUUCUGCAUUAGAUUUGAGGCAUUUACUGUCCUUUUCUCCGGUU